GCUGCAGGUUGAAUUCAUUGCCCCUAUUUCCUGUCACAUGGGCUAGAAAUAGGAUCCCUGUUUUCUACUAUCUGGUCUCGUCGUAGUGGUGUCAGUGUAGUAGUAGCUGUAGGACCUUUCUUGAAGUUACGGGACGUUUUAACACCGGUCAAAGCGCCACUCCUGCACAGACACAGACAGUCAGUCCAGCAGCCCGCCGGUCUGCGCACCCGUCCGUCAGGCUGCACUUCACCUGAGACCGAAUUCACUCUUUAAAUAUACGAUGGAUUCCUGGACCGUCACCUCUGCUCUUCUCCUCGCUGGCUUUAUUUCUUCCGCGGCUUUUAGCCAUUUCGACACCGAGUGUUACACUGCCAACGGAGAAGACUACAGGGGCUUCCAGAACCAGACCAGCCUGCAUGGUGGAAAACCUUGCCUUUUCUGGAAUGAGACCUUCCAGCAUCCUUACAACACCCUCAAAUACCCCAACGGAGAAGGAGGUCUGGGCAGCCAUAACUACUGCAGGAAUCCUGACGGGGAUGUUCAGCCGUGGUGCUACAUUGCAGAUCAUGAAGACGGGAUCUACUGGAGAUACUGUGACAUCCCAUCGUGCCAGAUGCCUGGGAACUUGGGGUGCUUCAGAGACAGCGGCGACCCACCCACCCUGACUGGUGCCAGUGAGACCUCCAACAAACUCACCAUCCAGAACUGCAUCAGCUUCUGCAGGAAGCAGAGAUACAAGCUCGCCGGCAUGGAGUCGGGAUACGCCUGUUUCUGUGGCAACGAAGUGGACCUGCAUAAACGUGGCGAGUCGCCGAGCACGGAGUGUAACCACGUUUGCUUCGGUGACCACACUCAGCCCUGCGGCGGGGACGGCUGGGUCAUCAUAUUCAGCACCCGAGUGGGGGCCUGCGGGGGGAACUACACUUCUCCAUCAGGAGUGAUCUACUCCCCCGACUUCCCCGACAAAUACGAGGCUGGCCGUGUUUGCUACUGGACCAUCCAGGUCCCCGGAUCCUCAGCCAUCCUCUUCAACUUCACCUUCUUCGACAUCUCUGACCAGACGGACAUGGUGGAGCUACUGGACGGCUACACCAACCAAGUGGUGGCCCGCUUCGACUGGCGCAGCCCCCCGCGGGAGCUGGUGAACGUCACGGGCGACUUUGUCAUUCUCUACUUCUACUCGGACCGCACCAACCAAGCCCAGGGAUUCGCCCUUCUUUACCAAGCGCUCCAGAGCCAGGACACCAGAACAACGGAGUCUGAAGGAGACGACGAGGAUGAAAACGAGGACGUCUCCAGCACGGCGGGGCCCCAGCUGGCCGGCGGCGUCACAGAGAGAUCCAACAGCACGUCGAAUGGACGUUCCUCCCAGAUCCUCUACGUGAUCACGUCCAGCCCCGGUAAACCGGAGCACAACAUGCCAGGUCAGUGGGCUGGACGCGGCGAGACCACCGGCCACAGCGCUAUGUGGACCAUCUACGCUUUGGCGGCUCUGCUCAUACUGACGGUCAUCGCCAUGGUAGCGAAGCUGCUGCUGCACGUCACAGUCAAGUCUCCGAACAUCCCAACUGUCAGCGGGUCAGACUCCUGCAGCCAGAGCACAGCGUCCUCCGAGCCUUGGAUCAUCCUGUACCGGCCCUCCACCAUCUCCCUGUUCAAGAAGAAGCUAAAGAACCACCACGGUGACCUCAGCCCCCUGGUGGGCAACUAGUGCUCCCACUGCAUCCUUCCAGCUAACCAAACAGCACCGCCACCCGCAACUGUUCUGUUCGAGGGCCGUCAGCUGCCAGGCCCUCAGACAAUGAAACUCUAUGAGGCGCUACACAAACAAGCCAACGACUGAGUGGCUAAUGACAACUGACUGAGUGACUGCUACUAAACGGUCCGUGUGCCAAAGUGGCCCCGCCCUCCCAACCUGCUCAGCACCGGAGAGGAGUGGGGGGGCAGGCCGGACUGUAAGUGACUGCACUCUGGGAGAGGAGAACAGGAGACCGGAGAGACGAAGCUCUCAAAGAUGCUUUUAACACGCAGGAAGCCGUUUCCAUCACCUGUGGAUGUCCCCACCAAUCACAUGCCUCCAAAAACCCUCCAGGCAGCGAGGUCACCAGAGGAAAUAUGAGUGCAAAAAUAAAAUCAAACAAAAGCGGCCAUCUUCAGUUCAGUUCGGUUCAGUUGCAGCCAAAUCUUCAUCAGCAUCCAGGAGAAGAUCCACACAUGACAUAUGCUGUAAAACAGUUUUUAUAACUUAACUGCCUCACAUGGAUGAACAUUUUCAGCCAGAAUCCAGAAUCCUCCCAUCCAAAGAGUCGAAUAUUCAUUUGUGUUUUUAACUAUGUAUACAAACUGCUAAUGUUUCUUUUUAUAUACAUGUCUUAUGUGAUAACUGGGCUCGCUGAGGGGACACGUCACACAGAGGGUAGAUAUGACAGCACUUUGGGGAUGAAUCAGUCACCGCAAAAGGAAAAGAUCAGCGAGGAAGGGAGCUCGUUCGCCCACUCGUUCACUCAUGAUUGUGAGUGGAGAGCAGAAGUAGCUGGCUGGGGGGGUGGGGGGUUAGUACAGUUUGCUCACAAACUGCCAUUUAGGGAAGAUCUGAGGGCUUUUUCUGCUCGGUCGUGGGUGGGAGUCUUUCCGGUUUGAUGGUGUUCAAGUGCCUUAAGGAUCUCCUCUUCGCUCCUCACAUCUGUUCCUUUCACAGGGCGGACUGAUGUCCCUCACAAACAUCUGCACUUCUUAAAGAAUCCAUGCAGAUAUGAAGAGUUUCAUUCCAAAGUCGGAUUUCUGCCUCCCGGUCUCGUGCAGUGAUUGAAAUCAUUAAUCUCAGAUUGGAUCUUUGCAUAUUUUUGAAUAUGACUUUCUUUUUUUCCACACUUAGCCUUUUGGGAUAGAACUCUUCAUACGAUGACAGACGAGGCUUUAAAAAGCUUUUUUGUUUCUUAUUUGUGUAUCUAAUGUGUAGUCUUGGACAUUUACUGAACAUAUUGUUCACAUUAUGUUGUCUUUUGAUUACAGGGGGAUGAAUAUUGUUGUAUAUUGUGUAAUUCAGUGUGGGAAUGAUGAUAUUUAUGACUGCUCUUUCAUUUUGUGUCUCGGCAAAGCAUUUGAGCGACUUGUCAAAGUGCUUUUGUGUUACUUUAGCUCAAAGGCUGAGCGCAUUUUUUCUAAUCUUCAGCACCAGUAAAUUGUCUAAACUCUGCAGAGCGCUGCAGACUUUCAAGCUUUUACUUGUCACAUAGAUUUCAGGCCAAAAGGUUGAGUGCGAACAAUAUAGUGAGACAGAAAUGUAACCAAAAGCACCCCGAGGUACGAUCCACGAGCUGACAGAAGGGCUCCGGCUGGAAUGGCUUUCUGUGACAUUUUAACUGCUUGUGAAAGGUCAGAAUCCACUAACGCACCAUCGGCAUCGUAAUUGGCCUUUCCUGAUGUGAGGCUGGAUCUUCCUGCAGAUGGUCACUGAAAUAUUUUCUCACUGGCAGGA